AAGCUUUCAUAGACAUGGCAGUAGAGACACCAAGAGACUUUCAAACCAGCAGAUGAUCUCCGUCUUCAGGAGGCAGCCAGAGCGAUAUCGUACUGCUCCAGCAUAAACCUCAUAAAAAUGGCAACCACAUGGGUUGAGCUGCUGGAUCUAUAAAGUCUGUACACAGAUCUACAGAUCUUUAUUGCCACCUCAUCUGAGCUUUUAACAACCAUCAAAAAGAAGACAAUAGAGAACAUGCCACGAUCUGAAAAGAACAAAAAAACUCUUUCUGAUAUCAGGAAAAAUCUUCAAGAUCUAAAAAGGUCAUAUGAAGACAUUGCAGAGCCUAAGAAACAAGAGGCAUGGGAGAUUAUUGAGGAGGAAUUGAAAGACAUCCUGAAGAAAUACUCCUUAGACUUCUCAAAAGAACAAAUAAAGAUUUUCAACGACCCCAUUCAUGGUCACAUUGCGCUGCACCCCCUGCUGGUGAAGUUCACAGAUACACCUCAGUUUCAGAGACUCCGUCACAUCAAACAACUCGGAGGAACAUAUCUGGUGUAUCCGGGAGCUUCUCACAAUCGCUUCGAACACUCACUUGGUGUGGCGUAUUUAGCUGGUUGUCUGGUCAAGAUUCUUCAUGACAAUCAGCCAGAGCUCAAAAUCACCAAACAGGAGUUCCUGUGUGUUCAGAUCGCUGGACUAUGUCACGACUUGGGUCAUGGUCCACUUUCCCAUUUGUUUGAUGGGCUGGUUAUUCCUGAAGCCAAAAAUAUGAAAAAAAUAAGAGGCUUGCCUGAUGACAUCCCUGAGAGGUGGAAGCAUGAGCUGAUGUCAGUGCAGAUGUUUGAUGACAUUGUGAAGAGUCUGAAGACUGAGAAUGAGAAUGUGUUGAAAGAGCACGGGCUGGAUGAUAAAGACGUCACCUUUAUUAAAGAGUUAAUCGAAGGGGCAAAAGUUUCAGAUGCUGAGUGGUCAUACGAGGGCAGAGGUGAAGACAAAUCCUUCCUGUAUGAGAUUGUGGCAAACAAACAGAACGGCAUUGAUGUGGACAAAUGGGACUAUUUCGCACGAGACUGUCAUCACCUCGGCAUUCGAAACAGCUUUGACCAUCAGCGUCUGCUGAAGUUCGCUCGAGUGUGUGAAGUGAACGGGAGAAAGCACAUCUGUUUCAGAGACAAGGAGGCAGAUAAUGUUUAUGACAUGUUUCGCACUCGAUACACUCUCCAUCGCCAGGCCUACCAGCACAAGAUCAGCAACAUCAUUGAAGAGAUGUUUGCUGAAGCGCUCGUAUUAGCUGAUCGUGAUCUUCAUGCUGGGAAACCUGAAGAUAUGCUGAAGAUUUCUGAAGCCAUAAAGUCAGUAGAGGAAUACAGCAAACUCACAGAUGAGAUCUUUGAGCAGAUCUCGUCCUCCACUGCUGAAAACCUGCAGGAAUCCAGGAACAUCCUGGACAAGAUCUCCAGGAGAAAACUGCCAAAGUUUGUGGGAGAAUUUCGUCUGACUAAGGAAAAGAUCUCAAAGGAAAUCCUGAAGCAAUCAUGGAAAGCCGCAGUGCAGAAGUACAGACCCACUGACCCGACUGUUUCUCUGAACGCUGAAGAAUUACCAGUUUAUGUGGUUGAUCUGGAUCACGGCAUGAAGGACAAAAACCCCAUUGAAUUUGUCUAUUUCUACAGCAAGAGGAAUCCCACCAAAGCUUCAACCGUUAAAGAUUUUCAGUUGUCCAGUUUCCUGCCAAAGAAGUUUAAUGAAGAGCUUGUCAGAGUUUAUUACAGAAGAACUGAUGAUCAGAAAGCUGAAGAUAAGAUGAAGGAGAAGAAAUUAGAAGAGGCUGAGAAGUGCUUUAAGAUUUGGUGUAAUGAAAAUUUACUCCAGUGAUGUGUGUAUGAUUUAUAAUAUCCAAAGUUUAUGGCUGCAGAGUCAGUCUGUUUAAAGGUACACUGUGUAUUUUAUUAGCUGAAAUCAAUGUCUUUAUUCAGAAAUAUAUCACCUCAUUGGUGUAAAAUUACGUCUGGCAAUGAUCUGA